AUGCAGCUCGUGAUGGAGCUCUCUUCGUCCUUGACGGAUUUAUCUGCCGUAUCAUCGCCAGACUCAUUCAGGACGGCCUUUCAAUCGCCGGAUGCCAACUCCGAAAAACAGACUCCCACAGAUCCUGCAUCACCCCAACGCAUGUACUCAUCCGCGACCCUGCUCCCCCGUGAGCUGAAGGAACAUUGCCAGAUCUACCUGGAAGAGCACCUCUACAAUGGCGCACUCGGCCUGUACAAUAGCCUCCUCACUGCCGGGUUCUCGCGAAAGAUCAACACCAACCCGAAGCGCGUCCCUGUCCCUCCGUUAACCCACCUUGCCCUCCUCAACACCCUGACCAUCCACCCGAGCCAUACGACUCGAGCCCCCGGCGCCGACCGUCUCGAGGUCUGCUCACAGACGCUGGACUACCUGCGUAAUCUCCUCGCCAUUGUUGGACCCAUCAACGCCGGCUUCAGGAGUGCGUUCCAGUUCCAUGGGGUCCAAUACGGCCGCCGGAACCGAUACCACGACGAGGAGGACGAGGAUAUCGACGGUGAUCAGAUUGGCAACAACAAGUUGGCCAACGAAGAUAGCAUAUGGCAGCGCGCGCAGGACUUCUGGGCUGUUCUCGGCUGGGCCUUCAACUGCAGCAGACUACAUCCUCACCGUUGGCGCUUCUGGAAGACCUGGCUGAAAUUCAUGAUUGACGUUCUCGAGGCUGACAUCUACGAACGGAAACGCCUUGAUGAGGAGUCUUUGGCCUCAUCACAGCAACCUCAGAACUGGACACACAUGCGAGAGUCAAUCCUUGUCAUGUACAUCAAGCAGAAGACUGACUCCGGGCGAGGUGCUCUGAGGAUGAUCCUUCAAGCCGUCUUCGCUGACGGCUGCACCUCAUCCUUGGCGAAAUUUCCUGAGGUGUUCAACAAGGAGAUAAAGGGGCUACCGAGCGAGGACAAGAAACGCAAACGAAUGGCUACGCUUGAUAUCGAGAACGACCAAUUUGGCGACUAUUUCAACGAAGAGUUGACGGACGACGAACCCUCCGAGGCGGGUACACCGGGCACGCCUCGUACACCACGCACACCAGCCAGGAAAGCUGGAGAUUUUGUCGCUGCCCCACUGGCAGAUUCGAUUCCCCUUCGUCUGAGACUGAUGGAGCUCCUUUCCGAGGUUGCCUACAAUAUGCCCGAGGAGUUCAUGGACCACAACGAAUACACGCUGGACUUGUGCAGGUUACUCAAGCAGCAACCUCUUUCGUUCUUUCACCAAUUCAUCACCGACAUGAGUUCGUACAUCCAGCGAUACGGAGCUGCCUUCAAGAUCGACUUUCUGGCCGUUCAGCUCGAUCAACUGCUGCCCUCCGGAUAUGAAGACCCGAAGAAGGUCAUCAAGGGGGAGGACAGCGGGAUCAUCAUAAACGCAGACGUCCUCGAGUUGUGCUACCUGGGUCACCAUGCUAAUACCAUUGACCCAGAAGACAACGCCAGGGUAGCGCUGAUCCUUGAGAGCCUGCUCUACACGAUACCGGCGGAAGAGACCAAGGAAGCCAGAGACAGGCUCCGAAAAGCCGCGCUCAAGGGAAUCGAGGCACGGAAGGCCAAGGCCAGGGGUACGAACCGGAGGAGCGCGACGACCCCGAGCCGUCGGGGCCGCGGAAAAAAAGGCCCUAGUCCGCGUGACAUCUACGCCAAGGAGAUGAUGGAUCUGGCGGGAGAGCGCAUGCUUUUCUAUAUUGACAUCGUGGGCGCUCAGGAACCUGAAGGCGACGUUGACGAGGACGAGAAUAUGGAUGACUGA